CUCCACCAGCUGCCAUUAGCCCGCCGAGCGCUGAGACGCUUCGUGCCACGCAUUUCUGCUGAAGCCUUGCUUUCAAUUUGUAUCUGUGUAUUUGUAUCUAAAAUGGGGAACAUCAUAAAUAAGAUGUGAAUAUGAAACUGCUGCUGUGGAUUUAUCUGCGACGAUGAAGGUUUCAGUGCUUGCUGGAUGAAGACUCUGUGACCGGAAAACUGACAGGUUCCAUCGCUGCUUCAGUUUGGACCUACACAAGAAUCAAACGGCUGUGCAGUCAUUACUUAUUACUUCACCACUUGGAAACCCCUGUUGCAUGACGAGGCUUUUAUUGGGAAACUGUCUCUGCCCUCUGGUGUGUGUGCAGUUGAGAAGCUGCAGCAGCAUGGACUCCUCUCUCUACAGAUCCAGGUAUGUGAGCUGGACUGUGGACUCUACAGAGUCAGAAACACCUUCAACUGCAGCUCAGACAGCCACAGCAGAUGAACAGCCGGCCACGUCAGGCUCAAUCCCACUUCUCCUUAUAUCACCACCAGAAACUGACAGAGGUGAAACGAACUCGACAUAUUCCCAUCAACGCUCACAGUCGGGAAAGAGGAAACACAACAAAGACUGUAUGAACCAAUGCUCCAGUUCUACUUUGCCGACAAACACUGACAAAAUAUGCAGUGGUGAUGAUGAGGAGAGUGACGAAAGCAGCCAGCAGAACUUGACAAGUCCAGAGGAUGAGUACAAAGAGGAUCCGUCUCUUCUCUUCCACCUCCCCAGGAGCAGCCCGGUCAUCUCCAGACGCCCCAGGCCUCUCUCCUGGCAUGGAGGGAGAAAUCAUCUCUCUGGUCCACCCAGCUCCAACUCCCCGUCGCCUGACUCCAAACAGAGCUCCUCUCAACAAUCGCCUGCAAUCCAGAAGGAGAAGCCACGCAGCAUCACGGUCUCAUCAAAUCUGAUCCGUCUACUGGGUGGCCUGACGGGACACUAUCCCAACACUGGACAGCAGGGAUUGGCUCAGGAGCAAAAGGGGUGGGGCUUAAGUACCAGCGAUGCUCCUUGCACACCAGGAGUUUCUACCUCAGCUCAACUCAGUAAAGAGAGAAGGAGCAGCAAUACACCGGAUUUCUCUGGAAAUAUCUUCAAGACCAGCUGUGAACUGGAAAAGGAAAAUGCUCAUUUCAUUGUGGUGGACAUGGUGCUGGAGGUGCUGGAAGGCGUGAAGUGUACUCUGAGCUCGGACCGAGAUACGUCCACAGACACACGCUACAGGACGCGUGCACAAACGCACACAGGCUCUUCACAGGACACCCCGCCACAAACCAGGGUAUGGAAAAGAGCAGACGGACACCAACGGGCGUGCGGCAUGGUUGAUCCCAAACCAAAGAGUUACAAGCGCAGGCAUUCAGAUGAAGACAGGAAGACCUCACACAAAGAAACAAACUCCAACACACAAUGCACAUGGAGUAAAGAAGAGGUGGAGGAGGCAGGGAACGGAGAGGCUCAACAUCAAGGAAAGACUUUCUCUAUCCUCUCCACUGACAGCGGAUUUGAAGACUGUGGAGUCGACAGUUCGCCCAGAGAUUCUCUCCAAGAUGCGGAGUGGCUGGCCCAGCAGCUGGUGCUGGAGUUCAAGAAGAAGUGGUUUCCUUCCCAUGAGCCUCGGCGUGGGCGCCAAAGUCUCCGUAGCUCUCUUCAGGAGUUACCAGGUCACGGCUGCAUGGCGGUGAGCGGAGGCAGCCUGACGGACGAGAUCAGACUGAGGACCAGGAUGAGAGGAUCCCUGACCUGGGCCCCACCGCGCUUCCAGAUCAUCUUCAACGUGCAGCCGACACACAGACGCAGUGAAGUUGUGGCUUUGCAACACUUCCUCUGUGCAGGGUGUGGGACAGAGGUGGAGCCCAAGUACAUCAAGAAACUACGGUACUGUGACUACCUUGGCAGGUAUUUCUGUGACUGCUGCCACAGCGGCUCUGAGGCCGUGAUUCCUGGUCGAGUUCUGUCCAGCUGGGACUUUGGAAGGUACUCUGUGAGUGACUUCUCCAAACAACUGCUGGACUCAGUGUGGCAUCAGCCCCUGUUUGACCUGACAUGUGUCGGUAAGACGCUGUACAGCCGAGUGAAGGAGCUCGACAGGUUCAGGGAGCUGCAGGAGCAGCUGCUGGGCAUCAAGAGGCUGCUGACGGCCUGCAGAUUAUCAGGAGGGGUGGUGUCUGAGUUUGAGCAGCUUCCUGCUCACCUGAUGCAGCAGCCACACCUUUUCUCCAUGGACGACCUCAUGAGGGUGAAGAAGGGUCAGCUGAUGGCCCAGGCCAGAGCGGUGAUGCACGCUUCCAUCGAUCAUGUUGAACACUGCGAGUUGUGUCUGGCUCGAGGUUUUAUUUGCGAGUUCUGCAGAGAAAAAGACAUCAUCUUCCCUUUCCAGAGUGACAUAUGCAAACGAUGUACAGUGUGUAAGGCCUGCUUUCACAAACACUGCUUCGAAGAGAAGAGGUGUCCGAAAUGCGCACGGAUCCAGUCACGGCAGAAACGCUCCGAUGGACUCAAGACGUCUGACACUUGAUCAGCUGCAGCUCAGCAGCUCGUUUGGCUAAAGCUUCUCACAAAUGCACGUUUGAAAUAUAAAUGCAUUUCUGUUCUAAUCCCAUUAAUCAUCCUUCCUUUCAUUCCUGUCCUUUCAAAUAUUCAAAUAUCCAUGUUUCCUGUGGAAAUAAAGUUGGUAUGAGAGA